AUGUGGGAAAGAAUUGAGACAGAAUUAGAAGAAGUUGAUAUUAAAAGUCUUGGAUUUGACUAUCCUAUAUAUUCUGAAGUUCUAGAUGUUAAAUUAAAACCUUUCACAAAGAUGCCUAGAUCAUUUUGUGAUAUUUUUAAAGAACUUUCAAGAAAUACAA